AUGGGCGCCGCAGCACCGCAUCCUUCUCAGAGACGAUUUUCGUGUGACGUCUGUAGGAAGAGCAAGUCGCGAUGUCAGCGGAUACGACCGACCGAUGAGAAAUGUGCAAGAUGUUCGAUGCUGGGAGUCAAGUGCGAGAUAGGACAGCAAAAGGUCCCAGGGAGGCCGCGACGAAAACAAGCUGGGAAAGGCUCACCGCCGACUGCGCAGCCAUUGCCUGUUGGUAAACCAGUCUCUCCUAAUGCUGUAGCGCAAAAUACUGCUUUCGUUGAUGAUUGGAGUCCGUUUGACUGGACGGGCUUGCUAUCGCCCAAACAAUCCCCUCCUCAAGUGUCUGCCACAGCGAUACAGGAUGGAAUGGCAGCAUCGUGGGGCAUGGGCUUCACAGACAUCUUCGACCAGUCGACCACGUCAUGGAAUACAGGCGGUGAUCUCGAAUACACAAAUACUCCAUUAUACACUGAGCUCGACGCCAUCACGAACGUAUACCCAAUCGGCACGUCUCCGAACUCCAUCACAUACGAGACCUUCUUCCCUUUGACCAACUGCCUUACAACACAUCACCCACGAAAGAUAGACCCUGGGGAGUUCAUGUCCGACCUAUCCACCAUCAAUCUCGGCCUGCAUAUGCGUCUCGAAGCAAUGAAGAAGACCAAGACGUCGCUCAACUUUGACCUCAUGAUCUACCAACACGGCCCGUUAUUCAUCGACAACAUCACCUUGGCAGAGUACAUCAUUACAGUGGCUCAAGAGUACCUGUUUAUCUUAACGAAGCUCUACAAUAUCCGAUACUGCCCUGAACUGUUACGUGACUCACAACCGAUGGAGUUAAUCUGUCCAUGCCAUUUGUCCUCAGAUCUACGGCAACACUCAAAGAAUCUCUUUGACGUCGCCCUUCCUCAACCUACCGUUGCAUCAGAACCAUUGCCUGCCCCAAUCUCCCUGAUGAUCACUAGUAUCUUCAUCCAGCUCAUCACCAUCUACGAACUUAUUCUCGAUAACAUUGCUACACGAGUGGAGCGAAUUGCCGUCGAUCCGAUCGAGCCCGUUCCGGGCCUUAUAGUCUGCGGUCGACCUCUUGAGAGACCUUGUACACAGGGUAUGAUCUUCUGUGAGGUGUCGGUGAGUCUGAUUGAAAAUAUUGAGCGUGUUCUGGGUGUUGGGAGGGGAGCAGAGGGCAAGGAAGUCGGGUUGUUGUCGCCUAGACAGGUUUGCGUUCUUGGGAACGAGUUGGAUGAAAGACGUCGCGUCAUUCCUGAUCAUGCUAUGAUGACGCCUGCUAUGCUACGGAAGCUGCUUGGAAAGGUUGCGGAUAUCUUUAGAAGUAUUAGAGUCUAG